AUGGCUCUAUCAAAAAUAACUCCCUGUCUCUGGUUCGAUGACAAUGCUGAAGAAGCGGCCCAGUUCUACGUCUCCAUUUUCCCAAGCUCCAAGAUCAUAACCACCCAGCGAUACACCGAAGCCGGCAGAGAAUACCACGGUCGGGAACCCGGGAGCGUCAUGGUCGUUGAAUUUGAAUUGAACGGACAUACGUUCACUGGACUAAACGGCGGGCAGUGCUUCAAGUUCUCCGAAGCAAUUUCCUUCCAGGUUGACUGCAAGGAUCAGGCCGAGGUUGACUACUAUUGGAACAAGCUGGGGGAGGGAGGCAAUGAGGAGAAGCAGCAGUGCGGAUGGGUCGCUGAUAGGUUCGGGCUCUCGUGGCAGAUCAUUCCAAAGCAGCUCAAGGAGAUGUUGAGUGAUGAGGACGCGGAAAGGAGAGACCGUGUGACUAAUGAGAUGAUGAAGAUGAGAAAGCUGGAUGUUACACUCUUGGAGAAGGCUUAUGAGGGGGCUUAG